ACCUCCGUCCACUUCUGCCUCCGCCGCGAUCACCGCCCGCCGCCGCCACCGCCGCCCUCACCGACCGCCGCGACCCGCGGGUGCUCCGCGACCUUGCCCACGCACGGAGGCCGUCCCCCCCACCGCCAUCCACCCCUCUCAAGUGCGGGCUGCCUCCCGCCUCUACACUCAGUCCGCGGCGAGGAGUCCGCGCUCCUCCUCUGGCUCCUCCCCGAGGCGGAGCUCGACCGCCGCCCGGCUUUCUCCUCCCUAGGCACGGCCACCUCCGCCGCGGCUCCGAAACGGGGUGACCAUGGAUGGAAACGAAUAUCAUGUUAACUCAUCAGCUGAGAGAAAGAACUCACCAUAUUGGGAUGAUGGCACGGUGAUGGGGGCUAGUCCACCUGAGGAGCAGCAUUCACCAAUCGAAGAAGUCGUUGCUGUCAAACGAAACCAGAAAAGAACAAAGAAUUUCAGUGGGAAGGAAGACGAGAUGUUGGUUUUGGCAUGGUUGAAUGUCAGUAAGGAUGCAAUCCAAUGCAACGAACAAUCCCGUUCUGCAUACUGGACAAGGAUUUACGAUUACUUCCACUCAAACAGGGACUUUACUUCAGACCGUUCGCAAAGUUCCCUCAUGCACCGUUGGUCUACUAUUCAAGAUAAUGUAAACAAGUUCACGGAAUGUCUGAGCCAGAUUGAGGAUAGAAAGCAAAGCUGGGUGUCAAAUCAAGAUAAGAUUAUGCAUGCUUGUGCUCUGUACAAGGCCGGAGAUGAGAAUCAUAGAUCAUUUCAUUUGGUUCAUUGUUGGAAUCUGUUGAGAAACCAGCAAAAAUGGAUUGAUAGGCCAUCUCAGAUGUCAUCUCACAAAAAACAGAAGACAACCUCCGAUUCAAGUCUAGUUAUGUCUACUAUUACUACUUCAGAUGAUUCGGAGGUUGCUGCUACUCCAAAAUGUGAAAACGAUGAAGAUGAAUAUCAUAUUAACCCAUUGGCUGAGAAAAACAACUCACUAAAUUGGGUUGUGAUGGGUACCAGUCCACCUGAGGAGCAACAUUCACCAAUGGAAGAAGUUGUUGUGAAACGGAAGUUACGAAACCAAAAAAGAACAAAGAAUUUCAGUGGGAAGGAAGACGAAAUGUUGGUUUUGGCAUGGUUAAAUGUUAGUAAAGAUGCAUUCCAGUGCAAUGAACAAUCUCGUUCUGCAUACUGGAAGAGAAUUUAUGAUUACUUCCACUCAAACAAGGACUUUACAUCAGACCGUUCGCAAACUUCUCUCAUGCACCGUUGGUCUACUAUUCAAGAUAAUGUAAGCAAGUUCACAGGAUGUCUAGCCCAGAUUGAGGAUAGAAGGCAAAGUUGGGUGUCAAGUCAAGAUAAGAUUAUGCAUGCUUGUGCUCUGUACAAGGCCAAAGAUGAGAAUCAUAGAUCAUUUCAUUUGCUGCAUUGUUGGAAUCUGUUGAGAAACCAGCAAAAAUGGAUUGAUAGGCCAUCUCAGAUGUCACGUCACAAAAAACAGAAAACAACCUCCAAUUCAAGUCUAAUUACUACUACUACUUCUGAUGAUACUGAGGCUGUUGCUACUCCAGAAUAUGAAAACAGUGAAGACGAAUAUCGUGGUAACCCAUUGGCUGAGAAAAACAACUCACUAGAUUGGGAUGAUGGCAGUGCAAUGGGGGCUGCUGCUACUCCAGAACAUGAGUUACCGAAGAGACCAGAAAAUAGUAAGGGGAAAGAAAAACUAGGACAAAGUGGAGAUGAGGAGAAAGAAAUACUACGACAAGGUAGAGAUGUUGUCUAUAGGGAGGAUUUAGAUUAUCUAUGUGCAAAUAAGAUAGAGGCAGAUGCAGAGAAAGUGUUCAAGAAAGAUGAGCGAUAUCAACAAAUAUAUGCCCUAGAACAACAGAAGGUUGCACUAGAACAAGUGAGGGUUGCUAACGAGACAAAAAAUCUUGAUGUGAGGAGCAAAGAAUUAGAAUUGAAGAGUAAAGAGAUAGAUUUGAAGAGAAUGUUAGAAGAAGAGAGAAUAAUGACUAUGGAUAUUACUGGCAUGUCUGGGCUACAACAACAAUAUUACAAGAGCUUGCAGGAUGAGAUCAUGACUCGACGAUUUAAUAGAUUAUGUUGAGCUUGUAUGAACCACAAUCAGGGACGUUCCUAUAUAGUGUUACGGGGGUCAUAGGACCUGGGUAGAAUUCUAAUAUUUAGUUGUUUUAGUCUAUAUUAAUCAUAUUAUUAGUUUAAAAUAAGAAUAUUAUAUGUGUUAGGACAUAUAUAGGACACUUGAUAAUUUUUGUUCUGGGUUCGUCAUUGACCAUAAUAUCCUAAAAUCUAAUAUCAUUUGUGGAAUAUUAUAUUGUGCGAAACAUAGAUUAUCUUGGUGUGUGUGAACCUUAUUUCAGUUAUGUGCUGUCACGGCCAGAAAUUUACAUC